AUGCUGCUGAAUGCCAACAUCGCCCUCUCUUCCUCAGCAGCCCUCUUAGUCCCCUACUCAUCAUGGCAUGUCCCCCGAUACCACGAAUGGAUGAAAGACCCAGAUAUCCAGGAAGCCACAGCCUCAGAGCCAUUAACCAUAGAAGAAGAAUAUUCCAUGCAACGCAGCUGGCGCCAAGACGCCGAUAAAUUGACUUUCAUCGUGUGUCGCGCAAUCACCACUGGUGAUGAAGGCGAUAUCCCCAGCCAGCGCAAAUUACAGGCAGAAAGUGACUCCCCCUCCAACAUGGUGGGGGAUAUCAAUCUCUUUUUGCGGAUUGACGAUGGUGACGAGGGUGACAGCCCCCCGCAGAUUGUCGGGGAGGUGGAGCUCAUGAUUGCCGAGAAGGUGAAUCAGCGGAGGGGGUUUGGGAGAGCUGCGCUGCUUAUGUUUAUGCGGUAUAUUGUUGAGCGACAGGGGUCGAUUUUGGAGGAGUUUGUCGCGGGUGGGAGUGUGGAUGUUGAGACGGUGAGGAAGUUGAGGUCCGGGGUGGAUGCGGAUUUGGAAUUUGAGUGUUUGAGUGUUAAGAUUGGGUCGGGGAAUGGGAAGAGUUUGGCCUUGUUUGAGUCUACGGGCUUUGAGAAGUGUGCGGAGGAGCCGAAUUUCUUUGGGGAAUUUGAAUUGCGGCGCAGGGAUUUGAGUCUUGGGGGUGUGGAUGGGGCUUUGGAGAGAGCUGGUGUGAAGGGGUUUAUGGCACUGCCUUAUGAACGGACGGAGUAG